AUUCUCCAUUCUCCAGACUCCCAACUUCAGCUUCAUCUCCAGAUCCCAGAUCCCAGAUCCCAAUCCCCAACCAAAAAUAAUCCAAGUGAAAAUUGUUUCCUAGUUUUUUCCAGCGCCUUCGUCACGCAGCUAAUUGUAAAUAGUGGAAAAGAGGGGGCGGUGUAGUAGCGGUAGGGGGCCAACAUGAUCGCAAUUAAUGCGCCUAAAGUUAGUUGGCUGCUUAAUCGUGGCCACUUGAUCAAUUUAGCACGCAAUGCAAUGGUAAAAGGAGAAAAAUAAAAGGAGGCAGGUAAUGCCAAAGGAGAAUUUAAGAAAAAAUGUAAACAAAAAUGUAUGGUUAUAGUUUUAAAAAAUAGAUUUUUAAAAAAGUAAAACAUUUUAUCGUGUAACACAUUUAAAAAAGAUUUUCUAACCUAUCUUAUAAGCUUAAUUAUGCUUAGUUAUCAAAUGCAACCCUGCAAAUUAACUCAUUUACGAAAUAGCAGCCCUGAAAGAAUCACACUAACGUUGCUAAGUUAGCCCUGGAGCUUCCUGGUAUCGAAGCAAAAUAGAGCGCCUUAAUAUCGAUGACUAUUUCUCAUUUUUAAUUUUUAAUUUCCAUAAUUUAUUCAUUUUUAAUUUGAUUAAUAUUAAAUUUUGUUUCAAAAAUGAAUCUAUCAAAAGCCAUAAUGGAGAUGUUUUCCAUGUCCGAGCAAGUGUGGAAGGAUGUAGAGCAUUGGCAAACAGCAAUCCAAAACGGCGUGGUGGCCAUGAGGCAGAUCAAGAACCUAAACCUCAAAUUAUUUGAGACUGAGGAUCUACUGAACAAUGCGGUGUCCAGGCGCGAGCUUAAGAUCACGGAGAAACGGAUCAACAAUUUGUAUCUUCGCCUUCAGCGUCCUCUGGCCACGAUGAACCAAACCUUGGCAAAACUAACCCAGAUUAGGGACAACACUGCCCGAAUGCUUAGUCGUUUGACCCUCUGGAUGGAUGAUGAUAUAGUGGCACAGCACAGGAUCUCACUCAAUUUGCCCAGCUCCAAGCUUUUGGCAGUGCUGCAGUUCCUCAGCCGGCGCUACGAUGUCGAGUGGGAAGUCAAGGAGACGGUAGUGAAUGCCUUGGAGAACAUCACCAGCACCUAUGAAAUGGAACUUUUAAUGACUGGCUGGGGCAGUUGCUGUCAUGCCGGAGGCCAGGAGUUCACCAAGAUGUUGCACGAAUAUUAUGAGAUCAUUGGACGCCCGAUACGUAAAGCCUUCUAAAACCAAGAUAUUAGUAUUAAUAUGACCAGUACAGUAUUCCUAAGAAAACAACAUUAAGUUUUAAAUUUGAUGUUAGUUUUAUUUGAAAAAUGGUUUUUUUAGUUUGUAUUUGUUAUCGCCUGCUUGCCAAACAAAUCUAUAAUCUGUAAAGAAAUUACAAAAAAUUGCAUUUCGUUUUUGUUCAUUUGUUCAUCAUCAUCAUUUCUUUUUGUGUUUUUUGUUCUUUAUUCAUUAUCUUUUCUUUUUUUGUCGUGUUUGCUUUGCACAUUUAAAAUUUGACCCAUUUUUUUGACCUUUGCUAUUUGCUCAUCGAUUUUUGCUCUUGUUUCGUUUCUGACUUGGUAGCAAAACAAAACUUAAUUGUAAUUUUACUACAACAACAUUUUGUUUUUGCCCAUUAUAUAAUAUUUAAUGUAUAUAAUAUAUAUAUAAUAUGCAAUUCUGUAGCUAGAUUUUGACAUUCAAGUUCUCUCGUACCCAAUCUCGAUAUAUAUAUUAAUGUAUAUAUAGUGUUUAUGGCGUCUAUAACAUGCGCUCAUUUGUUUUAUAAACAAAUGUCUGUCCCCAUUUCAAAUUGCUCCUCGUCCUUCGAUUUUCUGGAUUUCUUGUUUUUCCAUUUUUGUUGUGUGAAUGCCCUCGAAACUAAUUUAACUUAAUAAUUGCAUACUUUUAGGCUAGGCUAGUAAAUGGUUUUCCUCGUCAACGCUUAAUGCACUUUUUUGUUUGUAUUUUCCUUUGCUUUUUGUGGUUUUUUCGGUUUUUUUUUUCUUGUUUUGUUUGUUUGUUUUAAUUUAAACUUUAAUUAGUUCUCAAGCCUUGAACUUGCCCUUAAUUAACUUUACAAUGAACGUGUGUAUAACUUGUAGUCGCUCGCAUUUCCUUAACUCCAUUUUCAAAGUGAAUUGUGGUUGGUUUUUUGUUCUUCUUAGUUUAAGCUAAUCGUUAUUUAGAAAAUUUUCAACUCGUAAACUGAGUUUUGCUUAUUAAAAAACUGUUCCCAUUUUGGUUUUUAAUCCAUAAUAUAUAUUUUUUCAAUUUUUUGUUUUUUUUUCUUGUUUUUUGCUAUGAAUGCUUGUUGUCAAUUGUUGCGGUAAAUUUUUCAAGUUUGGUUUUUUUUAUUUUUUAAUCAUUAAACAUUUUGUUGUGCUUUACACUUAAUUAUUGCUAUAAUUAUUUGCUUUUUAUUGGCGCCCGGGGGGCUUUUCAAUUUCCCGGGAAAUGAAUGAGAGAGAGAGUGUGUGUGUAGAGUGGCAACUGAAACCUUAGCUAGGAAAAACUCGGCAAGCACGAUAAUAUCUAUCGAUCGAUCUCUUAAAGAAUGAUUGUAAGCGGUUCCUUAUAUACAGCGUGUGCACUUGCGUGAUAUAUAGAUAUGGAUGAUCUAAGGGAUGGAUAUAAACGGGGAUAUCUGAGCGAUAGGAUUCUAAGAAUACAUAAAUUUAUGAAAAUGAAAUAAUGAAAAAUCAAAGGUUUGCAAAUAAGUUCGGUUUAUUACACAAAAAAUAGAAUACUAAAAUGAAAUCGAAACUACUUAAAAGAUAUGCAUGUGUGUGUGUGUUGGGGGAAGGGGGAGUUGUUGUGUGUUUCUAUGUGUUGAAUAAUUACUAGAAAACGUCUUUGUAAUCGUAGGUUUUGUUGUUUUUGUUGUUGUUUACACAAUUUAUGCUAAUUAAAAUACACAGGUAAAAAUAAUUUCAUUGUUUAAUAAUGGUUUUUUUUUAUCUUUUUACUUAAUCGAUUUUGUUUUAAACUUAAGCCUAUCGAAAAUCGUUUCAACGUGCAAAAUCAAUUGUGUUUUUGUUGUGUUGUGUUGGUGAGUGUAGAAAGCUUUCCCGUUCUUUACAAGCAUUAUUAUUAAUUUGUACACAUUUUCGUUUAAGUAUUUCAUUAUUAGAAAAUUGGCUAUGUGAGUGGUUGUUUGUGGGUUGUGUGUGUGUGUGUGUAUGUUCAGUAUCUGUGUGUGUGUGUGUGAGUGUGUGAAGUACAAAUGUUUCCCUAGGAUUAUACGAAUACAAGAGACAACAUAAAACACACAAAAUUAAAAGCUCUUCCUAACGCUCAUCCUAACUCUAAUCCACUAUCCUCUCGUCCUCCUCUUAUACUUCUACUCCUACUUUUCGUCUCCUUCAUCAUCAUCUGCGCUUGGCGUCCAGAUAUAUAUAGUUUUUAUAUAUGCAAUUUACAGUAUACCGUUUCAGUUAAUUAUAUGUUUUGUUUGUUUCCAUCGUGUGGGUGUUGUUUAAUGCGUGUGUUUUUUUACACUUUCUUCUUGUAUAAUUUAAAUUUAAACUAAUUCU